AUGGCUGAUCAACUCAACAUGUCUGGCCUGAACAUUCAGGACCAGCAGAACCAACCGCGCUCCUACAUCCCUCCCCACAUGCGUAAGGUGAACGGUGGCGGCGGUGGUGGUGGUGGUCCUCCCCCCAUGAACGGCGGUUUGAACAACAGCGCCUGGGCUGGCAGAAACCAACCCGUCGACGCCCGUCAGCAAGGUGGCGACUGGCCCGCGAUGGGCGCUCCUGGCGCUCCUGGCGGCCCUGGUGGUCCCGGUGGCCCUGGUGGCCCCCCUCCUCAACAGCAGCCCUACCAACCUCGUGGUGGCCGUAACUGGGGUGGUGAGGGUGGUCGUGGUGGCUACAGCGGCGGCUACGGCAACAAUGCUGGCGGUGGCGGCCAGCAGGCUCGUGGAUCCGGCGAUGGUCAGUGGCGCGAGGGCAAGCACAUUCCCGGCCCUGCCAACCCUCGUGUUGAGCGUGAGCUUUUCGGAACUGCCGACGACCCGUCCAAGCAGCACACCGGUAUCAACUUCGAGAAGUACGAUGACAUUCCUGUCGAGGCCUCUGGACACGAUGUUCCUGAGCCCGUCUUGACCUUCUCCAACCCCCCUCUCGACAACCACCUUAUCGGCAACAUUGAGAUGGCCCGCUACAAGAUUCCUACUCCCGUUCAGAAGUACUCAAUUCCCAUCGUCAUGGGCGGCCGCGAUCUCAUGGCUUGCGCUCAGACUGGUUCCGGAAAGACUGGUGGUUUCCUCUUCCCCAUUCUCUCCCAGGCCUUUAUCCACGGCCCCUCUGCCAUCCCCCCGAACGCCGGUGGUGGUAACUUCGGCCGCCAGCGCAAGGCCUACCCCACCUCUUUGAUUCUGGCUCCCACUCGCGAGCUUGUCUCUCAGAUUUACGACGAGUCGCGCAAGUUCGCUUACAGAUCUUGGGUUCGCCCCUGCGUCGUCUACGGUGGUGCCGACAUUGGCUCUCAGCUUCGCCAGAUUGAGCGCGGCUGUGACUUGCUUGUUGCUACUCCCGGACGUUUGGUUGACCUUAUCGAGCGUGGUCGCAUCUCGCUGCAGAACAUUAAGUAUCUUGUGCUGGAUGAGGCCGAUCGCAUGCUUGACAUGGGUUUCGAGCCCCAGAUCCGUCGCAUUGUCGAGGGUGAAGAUAUGCCCAACGUCCAGAACCGUCAGACUCUCAUGUUCUCGGCUACGUUCCCCCGCGACAUCCAGAUGCUCGCUCGCGACUUCUUGAAGGACUACGUCUUCCUGUCUGUUGGUCGUGUCGGUUCCACCUCUGAGAACAUUACCCAGAAGGUUGAAUACGUCGAGGAUGUUGACAAGCGCUCUGUGCUCUUGGAUAUCCUGCACACUCACGGUGCCGGUCUUACGUUGAUCUUUGUCGAGACCAAGCGCAUGGCUGACUCCCUGUCUGAUUUCUUGAUCAACCAGAACUUCCCCGCCACUUCCAUUCACGGUGAUCGUACCCAGCGUGAGCGUGAGCGCGCUCUGGAGUUCUUCCGCAACGGACGCUGCCCUAUCCUUGUUGCCACUGCCGUUGCUGCUCGUGGUCUUGAUAUCCCUAACGUUACUCACGUUGUCAACUAUGACUUGCCCACUGACAUCGACGACUACGUUCACCGCAUCGGUCGUACUGGUCGUGCCGGAAACACCGGUCACUCCACUGCCUUCUUCAACCGCGGCAACCGUGGUGUCGUUCGCGACCUCAUCGAGCUUCUCAAGGAGGCCAACCAGGAGGUUCCCAGCUUCCUUGAGACUAUUGCUCGCGAGUCUUCCUACGGCGGCGGCGGCCGUGGUGGCCGUGGCGGUCGUCCUCGCGGUGGUGGCUCGGGCGCCAACCGUGAUUUCCGCAAAUACGGCGGUGGUGGCUUUGGUGGCCCCCCUAGCAACAGCUUCGGCGGCGGCGGUGGUGGCAGCGGCUACGGCGGCGGCGGUGGCUUCAGCGGUCCUCCUGGCGGUGGCUACAGUGGCGGAGGUGGUGGCUACGGCGGCAGCGGUGGCGGCGGUGGUGGUGGUGGUUACGGCGGUGGUGGCUACGGCAACCCCAGUGGCCCUGGCGGUAACUCGUCUUGGUGGUAA